ACUUAAUCCGUGUAGAAGAAAACAACUAGCUAUGGGUGCAGUAACACCUCACAAGAUUCCUGUUGUGGAUUUAUCCAUAGAGAACAUGAAACCAGGCACAAGUGCUUGGUAUUCAGCUCGCAAAGAUGUCCAGCGCGCCCUUGAAGAGUGUGGUUGUUUCGUAGCAGUAUAUGAUAAAGUUCCACUAGAGCUUCAUAAAACAAUGUUUGCCAAAUUAGAAGAACUAUUCAAUCUUCCCCAUGAUACCAAAAUUAAAAACACUAGUGAUAAACCUUACUUUGGCUACUACGGUCAAAUCUCCAUUCUUCCCCUAUAUGAAUGUAUGGGAAUUGAUAACCCGAUCACUAAAGAAGGAAUAGAAAGUUUCACAAAUCUCAUGUGGCCUGCAGGCAAUGAACUUUUUAGUGAAAGUACUCAUUUGUAUGCAAAGCUAGUAGAAGAGUUGUACCAAAUGGUGAUGAGAAUGGUAUUUGAAAGCUAUGGUGUAGGAGACUUUGAGACUCAAAUGGAAUCAACCACAGUCCUUCUCCGAUGCUUGAAAUACCGAGCACCCCAGCUGAAUGAAACUAAUAGGGGUUUACGCGGUCACACAGACAAGAACUUCUUGUCUAUACUUCAUCAAAACCAUGUAGGUGGUUUGGAAAUAAAGGUUAAAGAUGAAGAAUGGGUUACUUUUGAAUCCACCCCUUCGUCUUUCUUAUUUUUGGCUGGUGAUGGACUCAUGGCAUGGAGCAAUGAAAGAAUACGAUCACCUUACCAUCAAGUCAUGUUGAACGGUAAAGAAAAUACAACAAGAUACUCCCUUGGGUAUUUUGCUUUGAUUAAUGGGGUGAUACAAACUCCUGAAGAGCUAGUGGAUGAUGAACACCCACUCAAGUAUAAGCCAUUUGACCAAUUUGAAUUUCUUCGAUUCGAUCAAUCAGAAGAGGGUCAGAAAUCCAAGUCUUCUAUCAAAGACUACUGUGGCGUUUGAGACCUUAUUGAAUCUGAGCUGAAGCAACUCUUUGUAAUGUUUUUUUUUUUUUUUUUUUUUUUUUUUUUUUUUCCUUCUUCUUCUUCUUCUUAUGAGUACGUUGCUGAUAGUGUGUAAAAUAAAGUUCAGAUGCUGUGUGAGUGUUUUGCCGCGUUGUUGGGUACCAUUCUUGUAAUGUGACAACAAUGUAUAUUUAUAUAUGCUUCACUGUAUGUGCUUGAUAUGAGUUGAUAAUAAGUAUGUUCAAUUAAUAAAGUAUUCCUCUCAUAUUUAUAUAUUA